AUGAGGCGCCGCUGCCCCAUCCCGCGUUCCCCGGUGUGGUGCAUGCUGCCUUAUGCAAUGCGGCACAUUACAGCAGAUCCAUCCAAAGGGGCGCAUGACAGUUCUCCGUCGAGAGAGCCUCGAAGAGAGUUUGACGGAUUACUCAGAGAAAUUAAUGAUCUGCGUGCUCGACGUGGACGUGGAGAACGUAAAAUCCAUGUUUUGGCCUCCAAGUUGCGACGGGAACCAGCAAUAACUUUGACGGCAACAGCAACCAAAACAACAAAACCAACAACCAAACCAGAAGCUACGUUACAGGAUAAUCCACUUUCAACUCCAACUCCCCAAGUAGUGGUCGGGGGUUCUCCACCCGCCUCAGUAGUGAUACAAGAUCUGCCCACUUUCACUGACAUCGCAUGCACUUUACAAGAGCUGGAAAGUGCACUCUUUAAGCUCUCAGAAGAUGAAACGAAGGAGAUAGAGCCUAAAGACUGUGACAUCAGCCUCUCAAAUACGGAGAAUGAAGACAUCAACAAGAGCACUGCCACCGCUUCAGAUAACGCAAAGGAACCGCAGCAUGUGAACUCGGAUUCCCAAGAGAUGGAACAUUCUGCCGGCUGCUUUGCUGAUGUUAUUGGUGGUCAUCGUGCAAUGCUCUCAUGCUGGUCGGAUCCACCGGACCUCAAACUGUCCGAUGUUGGCACUAAACUGCAUGUUUCAUCCACGUCAGACCGGGUUUUUGCUGUGGAGCUUCGAGAGCAGCCAGGCUCCGUGCGCGCCAUCGUUGCUGCGGUGUGUCAAGCCUUAUCCGAAGUGGAAACUCUGACAGAGUUGACUUCUGGCGUUGUUGUGGUAUUCCGUACUCUGCCCAAUAUGCCGUUCUUCACACCAUUGCAGUCUGAGUUGGAAUUAACACCAUUAUCUCGUCUUGAAUUAAUGACGGAAAAAGAACGAUUAUUUAGACGCAUGCGAGAGAUUGCAUCUUGUGGUGUUUCUUUCACUGCGGAGCUAACUGGCUCCGCAUUCGGUUUCGGCGCAGAGCUUCUCUUAAUAUGUGAUACAGUAGUGCCGUCGAUGUCCUCUCUAUGCAAGAUGCGGGUGGGGUUUCCCUCCCUUUCCCUUGGGGUGUGGCCGGCACCAUGUGUACUCCAGCACAUGUGCAAUGCCAUGGGCUCACCGGAGAGAGCUGGUGAGGUCCUUCCACUCCUGCACACGCUGACUUGGGAAGAGGCACAGAAAAAAUUUAUCGGACCGCUCUUGCGGAGGAAGCAGAAUGCCGUCCGCAGUGCGCCGCGUCUGUGGGGUUAUGUAUGGCUAUCCCAUAUGCAGUGCUGUCGAAAAAUGCGCGCAUUUCUUGGGUGGGAUACGGUGCGACACCUAGAAGAUAGACCUGGUGAUCCUUUGAAGGUUUUUUGGAAUGACUACUGCAAAAUUGUGGGUCUCACGGAUGAUGUCAUUGCAAUCGCUGAUAAAAGCCUUGACCUAUAUGCGAGUCUCUUGGGAACUCCGGCGUGUGAGAAUGUGACGGCGGUGACGAUGGCAUUCCUCCGUAUGGGGCGCCGAGUGCUCAAACCAGCACCACAUGAGAAAUAUGUUGAGUUGCGGCCUGCCGACCUUGGUAACAUAAAUACUAGUGAGGCUUUUUGGGUAUUUCCGGAGGGCUCUUCGCCUGCAACAGUUCAGUUUAUUGCGGAACAACGUACUUCUGGGGCUGGUAAGACUAGGAACGCUCUUUUGUUUGGAAAAUUAGAAGAUAUGAAGGACGCAGUGGAGCUGUUGGGUUGUGCUGUGGUCGCUACUAAUUUUGACCCGCCGAAGUUGCUUUCAUCAGGCGAGGAAAGUAUGGUGGAGGUGCAGCUGCUGCAUACUCCGUCUGUGAGCACCAGAGAAAAAGAGGAAACGCUCUCCUCCGCAUUGGCAUACUUGCAGGCGAGUGAGAUCCCUUACAUUGUGACGAAGGGAGAUGCUGGCAAUCGUCUCGUCGCGGCUUUGUCUCUGGAGCUUUGCCAGCUGGCCGAAGAGACGGAGGUGAAGCUCGUCGAACUCGUGGCUAUGCAAGAUUUGGGAUUCCGCCUCAGCCCGUUCGAGGUCCUGGAUCACUACGGUACGGCUCAGAUUGCGGGUGUGGUUCAACGUUAUCGACACAUGAUGGAUGCACGAAAGUCCGUGUCCGCGGCGCGGCUUUUGCUGUCGGCCAUGCAUACUGAGGGUUUUAAGGGCGAGAGGGGCUGCCGCGGGGGAUUCUAUGAGCGGAGUGGGCACCUCAACUGCGAGGUUACAAUGUCUCUGGCAGCGCGAAGGACGAUGACACGUGGGGAUAUUCUUGUGCGACUUGUGGCGGCUCUUGUUAACGAGAGCUGUCGCAUGUUGAUGGACGGCUGCAUUGAAACAGUACAAGAUGUUGACCUCCUUUCUAUUUGCGUUCUUACGCUGCAUCCCUCAACGGGGGGUUUAUUCUCUUACGUGGAGAGCUUCAUGGGCUUCACGACACUAGUGAAGAGUAUGGAGUACAUGUCGGGGAGCUUGGGCAGAAUGGACCUGCCCUCUCCGCUGUUGUUGUCGAUAUGGGAUGCAGGUGAAACGUUCCGUACGCUUUCCCCAGGGACGCUGCUCAGCGCGAGUAGAGCGUCAUAA